AUGGCCCCCAAGACCAAGAAGACCCAAGAGUCCAUCAACUCCCGCCUUGCGCUCGUCGUCAAGUCCGGCAAGUACACCCUCGGAUUCAAGUCCACCCUCAAGGCCAUCCGCUCCGGCAAGGCCAAGCUCGUCAUCAUUGCUGGCAACACUCCCCCUCUCCGCUCCGCUGAGCUCGAGUACUACGCCAUGCUCUCCAAGAUCUCGGUCCACCACUUCCAGGGCGGCAACAACGAGCUCGGAACCGCCGUCGGUCGUCUCUUCCGUGUUGGUGUCCUUGCCAUCAUCGACGCUGGUGACUCUGACAUCUUGACCACUGUCGUUUAA